AACCACCACCGUGGCCACCACCACAACUACUACUACGGUUGCCGGUCGUGCACACGAUAUAUUUCGUAUUUUCCUCGACCUCGCGCGCUCGCCGCCGCCGCCGCAGUCGAUCGCUCCGCGUCACAUACGCACUCACGUUCCACGUCUGUUCGCGUUCGCAUUGCGUUGUGUUUCGCUCCGUGUUCGCGCGCCGAGUGUUCAAAAGUUCGGGUUAAGGUCAAUUUAUUUUUUUAAUUUUUUUUUUUCGUUCCCCUUAUCUCUCUUCGUCUCGUGCUGGGUUUUCACCGAUCUUCCGUAUCGCUCUCCCGUCGCCCUCGACCCUCGGUUUAGCAGUGCCUUUCCACCCCGUCGUCGUCGUUCUCGUGCCGUCCGCCUGUUCGGUAGGGAAAUUAAAUAACGACAUCGAUUGACGGCCGUCGUCGAGACGUACGUCUUCACCGUCCGCUCACGCGAUCCGCGAUAAACGCGAGUGGUGGUCCGCCUCCUAAUUAACCCCCACGUAUCGUUGUUAUCGAGGACCGACACGACCACGAAGAUGAACAAGUGGUGGCUGACCGGCACAGCGGUCUUGCUGCUGGUCGUCUGCGCGGCCGACGCCAAGAAGAAGUGGAAAGCCGACGAAGACUUCGAGUUCGAAGAGGAAAACUCAAAGCCAAAUGAUAUUGGAAAGUUUGGAGAGAAAAAGAGAUGGAUUCAUGAUCCAAAUAGUGACCUUUGCACACCUCUACGGUGCAAGAAAAAAGAGUUGUGUCUACUAGAAGAUGCGUACACAGCAGUAUGUGUGAGUAAAAAAGAAAUUCAUAAGAACGGUGAUGUUAUCAUUAGCCGAGAGAAAUUUAUUGCGGAGGAAGCAGCUCGAAAGAAGGCUCUCGAAGAAGCCCUAGCCGAAGAUGAAAAUGAUGAAGACGAUGAUGAUGACAUCGAAGAAGAUGACGAAGAUGAUGAUGAUAUAUUCUAUGACAGCGGAAUUAGCAGUUCAUUGUCAACAAACAAUAGAUGCAAUCCGUGCCCUGUUAUGAAACCUACCUUCCUGUGUGGUUCUGACAAUCGUACGUACAGUUCAUUGUGCCGUCUAGAUUAUCAUAAUUGUCUUCAUACAACUAACAUAAAAGUGAAUUGCAAAGGAUUUUGUCCGUGCAAAGAACAAGAAGAUGUCGAACGUAAGAAACAAAAACAAGCAGAACGUAUGACAAACUUCAUGAACAAAUAUAAAGCAACAUUGGAAAACGAAAAAUUGAAACAGAGCACUAUAGCUCCAGUAUCCAAGUAUGAAGAAAAGUAUAUUUUUGCUCCUGAAGACUUCAAGUAUGAGAACAAACACUACAAAUACAUCAAAUAUAUAAAAAAUAACAAUCAGAUAUUCAAGAAUUCUAUUAUCGAACCGGUAAAAGACAAACGACAUGAAAAAAUGGAUAAUGAAGUAAUCGCAACCAAUCAAAUAUCUCAUCCUUCUUGGAACAAAGAAUGUCCCCCAUCUGCAUUGCAAUCUAUGGGUGACCGUCUGUUAGACUGGUUUUCAGUAAUCAUGGCUGAUGCUAAACGUAGACGUACAAAGAAUAAGGGAAAAGCUGUAAAAUUCAUCAACGGUUGCAAAUGGGAAGUUCGUUGGAUGUACCAACAUCUAGAUUUAGAUUCCGACGGUAAAUUGUCAUUACAAGAACUUUACGACUUAGAACAUGAUAAAAAUGAAAUGUGCAUUAAACCUUUCUUGGACACAUGUGAUACUGAUGGUGACAUUUUUGUGAAUCCUUAUGAAUGGUGUCGAUGCUUUGAUAAAACUGAUCGUCCAUGUACAGCUAUUAAGCGAAGAAUAUCACCUAAUGCUCUUGGUGUGUAUAUCCCUGCCUGUGAUGCUGAAGGAUAUUAUGAGCAUACUCAGUGUCAUUCUUCAGUUGGUAUGUGUUGGUGUGUUGACAAACACGGUGUUGAAGUACCUAACUCACGUGUUAGAGGAAAACCAAAUUGCUCCUUAUGGUACGGAAAGGAAGACAACCAAAAAGAUAAAUCUUUGGACAAUGGUAUUUUAGACAGUGAUACAGACAUGGAUGAUGAAGAUGGAGACUCAGAAGUAGAAGGCAGUGCAGAUCAGUCAUUAGAAUUUUAAAUAACACUACAUCACUCUG